AUGAGUAACCAGGGUGACAAAGACUUGUCCGAACCAAGUCAAGUACCAGACGGUCAAAAGCGGAGAAUUACUUGGUCAAAUAAAGUUUUUCAAGACACUGUAAAUGACAAACUUGAAAUGGCAAUUUGUAAACGUAGCAAACUGAUUGCACUUCUAAAAAAAAUCGAAGAAUGCGAAGAUUAUAUUAUCGAAAGGCACAUGAACGAACUGAUGCAGGUCACAAAUGAGUAUGAACUCAUUACUUAUGAACUGAAAUGUUUGUUUGAACAAGACAAUUAUGGGGAUUUUAAAGAAGAAGCUGAGCAGACUGUUAGCCAGGCACAUAGUAUGAUUAAAAAAGCGAAAACUAAUCAAUCUGACAGACGCUCAGAGGCCCCCUCUAGGCGCUCAAGAUCACAUUCACACCACAGCCGCCGAUCAUCUUCCUCAACAAGUAGUUACACUAGACUAAACGCUCUAGCAGAAGCUGCUGCAGCCCGUGAAAGCGCAGAAUAUGAACGGGUGAUGACAAGAAAAGAACAUGACUGUCGCCAGCGAGAAUUGGAGCAUGCAAAAGAAAUGGCAAUAUUAAUCGCAGACAAGAAAGUAGCUAUUGCCAACGCAAAGCUUAAAGCUAUUGAAGAAGCAUUGCAAGAAGAGGAGUUAGGAGAGAGAGUCAAUAUUCCGGAAAUUCCGGAGAUGGGAGUUGAGGAGAGAACGGAUGACUGGGUAAACUCAGUCGUCUCACAAGAAAAUGCUUUGCCUGGGACAAACCCCUCACCCUUUGUUAAUGUCCCCUACGACCCCACUGUUCCCCACAACCCCACCACAAACCUCGGCGGUACAGUUCCAGCAACAAGUGUCCCUUAUGACUCCCUUGUUCCCCAUGAUCCCACCACAAACCUUGGUAUAGUUCCAGUGAAGAGUGUCCUUCACGACCCCCUUGUUUCCCAUGGCACCACCACAAAUAUUGGCAGUACAGUUCCACUAUGGAGUGUUAGUAACAGCUCUUAUCGAACACCUAGCCAGGCAUUCAUUUCCCAAUUUAGUCAAAUUGGAGACGCAACCGGAAGUCAAUUAAUAGAGUUGUUGAUGUCAGCUAAUCAGCAAGUGGCCGCUGGCCUAGCAAGACAAAACUUGCCUAAAUGUCAUCCAGACAUUUUCAGUGGUGAUGCAACACUCUUCCACCCCUGGAAACAAGCUUUUAAAGCUAUGAUUAAAGACACAUCCGUCACUGCAGAACAAGAGAUCAAUUAUCUACGUAGUUUCACUUGUGGAGAAGUCCAGCGUGUUGUAGACAAUUUUAGAAAACGUAAUCAUAAUGACCCCACAAGCCUUCUUCAGAACCUUUGGAAAGAAUUAGAGACACGUUUUGGAAGCCCAGCCGUCAUAACAAAUGCCUUGUUGGAGCAUUUACACAGCUCGUCGAAUUUCCACGAAAAAGAUUAUGCCAAACUUCAAGAAUUUGCAGAUCUGUGUGCAGACGUGGACAGUCAAAUUGACAACCUACCUGGUUUAGCUUGUCUGCACUACCCUGGAGCUAUUCGUCCAAUCAUUGAAAAAUUACCGGUAUCCCUUAGAACGAAGUGGGAAAAGGAAUUGUUAAACAUGCGGAAAGUCACCAUGAUGCAUAUCCAGGCUUUAAUAUUUUCACUCGGGUAG